AUCUAUUUCUUUCUCUAGGGUUCUCUAUAAAGGUGUUUUUAAAAGGCUGAUUUCUUUAUAUGAGCCAUUGUUUGGAUUGCUUCAGGAGGUCUCAAGGAUUCACCCAUUGCCUUACCUCAAAGAUUUUACCUUUCCUUCUGAUAUUGUUGAAUUUUUAGGACAGCCUUAUUUAGAGGUCUUUAAGAAAAAGAUGCCUACAGCUUUUGCAGCUAAAUUGCUAACUAAACUGUUCUAAACAAAAGAACGAUCACUGAGGUGCAGUGAAGAAACUUCACAUAGGAGUUCCAAUAAAGCUAAUCAAAUGAAGAUCAAUGUACAGAAUAAUGUGGAUCUUGGAGAGCCAGUAAAGAAAAAGAAUAUCUUCAAAGCAGAGUCAUCAGAAUUUGAUGUGAGGGCUUUCUGCAAACAGCUGAACCACAGAGCUAUUCAGAAGACCAGCUUUGAAUUUAAAUGUCCUCAGUCGCAACUAAAGGCAUCGAAACAUUCUCAGAAUAUAAUAGAAUUUCCGAGUGCCACAGCUUUUGUGCAAAAAUUCCAAAAGGCUGAGACUUUCAUACAACUUUCUGAAGAAAUCCAAAUGGCGAUUGUGUGGUGCAGGAGCAAGAAGCUCAAGGCUCAGGCUUCCUUUCUGGGCAAUAAACUUCUUAAAAGUAACCACCUUAAACAUGUGGAAGCUCAAGGUUAUAGUUUGCCCAAGAAACUAGAGUGCAUAAAAACAUCGAUUUGCAACUGCCUUCUUUGUGGCUCAGAUAGCAAAACUUCAAAGCAUCAUUUGAGACUAAGAAGAUCACAGAAUAAGUUUUUACUGAGACAGAGAAAACCACAGAGAAAGUUGCAGCCAACGCUUUUAAAGGAAAUUCAGCAGCCCCUUCAAGGGACUCAGAGUUCUACAGAUAUCAUUAAACGGAGCCUCUCACACCGAGCAGUUCAUAAAACUAAUCUCUAUGCUAACAGUAAGCAACUCUUGAGUAGCAGAGCUUCAAAUCCUGUCAUACAAACUAAGGAGAAACAAAAUCAUGAAAACAUUGCAGGAAGCAAUGAAAAUGAAAGGGAUUCAUGGACCAUGAUGCAAAUAACUAAACAUAAUACACCAAGAAGCAUUAAGGAGACAGAUGACAUUGAUGAUAUUUUUGCUUUAAUGGGAGUUUAGAUACUCCUCUGUGGGACUUUUAAGUGAUUAGCAAACUUGUCCAGUGUUCUGCUGUUUUAAGUGGAACUUCUGAGAUCCGGAAAGAUCUGAAAGCACCACUUGGACUUGAGACUUACUGCAACCUUGAUAGCAAUUCAUUUCAGUUCAAUAAACAUUUAUAGUAGCCUUGUGUCAUUUAUUGGCAGAUGGUAGAUUAUUCAAUGGUCCAAUUUGCCAGGUGUUAAAAUGAAAAAAUCUAAAUCCUGCCCUUGAAAAGCAGAUAUCCAGACUGAAUCUGGUAGGGUCCCUGAAAAAUAAUAAUUUUAUAACUUACCUGGGAAUAAAGACCCGAUUACUCAGGUUUGUAAAAACCUUCUCCAAGCCUUAUUAAAAAAAUAAAAUAAAAAAUGGGGAGGAGGUAGGGAAUAGCAAGGAAGCAUGGAAAAGGCCACUUUGGCCUUACUGGCUCCAUUAUAGGUAAGUCCACUUCUGAACAUCAAGGUUUGUAGCUUCUAUGGUAGUCUGUCUUAUUGAUACAUUAAAGUUGAUCAUUAAAGGAACCAAGGACAGGUGCAGACAUUAUUUCACUUUAUUUGUUCACCUUAUCUCAUAGAAGAGGAUGUUAAACUGCUUUUGGAAUUUUC